AAACUCAUCUGCACGCGAAAUUAAUGAAGGCAAAAAGAAAAGUAAAAGACAAAUUGAAAUGCAUAACUCUUCCUCAGUACGCUAGUCGCCCAAAAAUCCAAAAUCGCCUGUAUAAAAGAGCUAGGGUUUUCAAAAUCCGCGCCAUAAUUGAAUUGUUUUCACACCGGCGAAUGGCGAAAGACGACGAGAAUCCGAUUCCUCCCCAGGCCUUGAAGCCCGUUUCCAGCCCGAAACCGGCCCAAAAGCCCGCCCCUCUCUCCCAGUCAAAGCUUUCUGAAGAAGCCCACAAUGCUAGCAACAUCAGUUCACCGGUGCCGUCAAAUGUGAAGUCUUCAAUAGAGUUCAUAAGGUCCGUCGCCGCGAAAAUCGCCGCGCAGCCGUUUCAAUUUUCCGAUCCCGAUGUCUGGGGCGUGCUCACUGCCAUUUCUGAGAAGGCCCGCAAGCGCCACCAGGGAAUGAAUAUGCUUCUGACUUCUGAUAAACACUGCAUUGGUCGGUUGGUGGAUGACGCUCGUUUUCAGAUCAUUGCUCCUGCAGUUAGUGCUCUGCAUUGCAAGAUUUAUCGGAGGAUUGGCAGUGGAGAUAUAAAGCAAGGAUCAGACAACUGUUUCUCUGUUUUCUUGAAGGAUUGUAGUACAAAUGGGACAUACUUAAACUGGGAGAAAUUAACUAAGAGCAGCUCUGAAGCGAAGCUAUGCCAUGGAGACAUAAUCUCAAUAGCUUUUGUUCCUCAACAUGAACUUGCAUUUGCAUUUGUAUUUCAUGAAGUCCAAAAAUCCUCCUAUGUAACUGAUGGUACUUCUCUGAAGAAAAAAUCAGAUGAACAUGGUGCUGAGAGCAAGAGAUUGAAAGGAAUUGGUAUAGGAGCUUCUGAUGGUCCAAUUUCUCUUGAUGAUUUUCGGAGUCUUCAAAGAUCAAAUACGGAACUCAGGAAACAUCUGGAAGAUCAAGUUGUUACAGUUGAAUCAUUGCGUGCUGAAAAUCAUGCAGUCACUGAGAAGCAUGAAAUUGAAUUGAGGGAGUUGAAAGAAUCAGUUGCAAAAUCUUAUCAAAAUCAGCUCAGUCAGUUGAACCAGUCUUUGGAGGCUAAAGACAAGGAACUAGCAGAGCUAAAUAAAACAUUAGCCGAGCAAAACCAUGGGAUUGAAGACCUUAAUGAAAGACUUGGUGCAUCUAUGCAAUCAUGCCUUGAAGCAAAUCAAAUAAUUAAUAGCCAGAAGGCUUCUAUAUCCAAACUGAAAGCUCUAUUAGAUGAAGAGCGUGGUCAGAUGAGAGAAGAGAUAGAGAAAGCUUCCCUUUAUAUGAAAGUGGCAAUACAGAGAGCUCAAGCUAAGGCUACAGAGGAAAUAAAGCGUGUCUCGGAUGGUGCUUUGAGACGAGAGAAGGAGCGACAAGAAAUGAUAAAUAAGCUCCAGGAGGCUGACAAGGAAAGGUGUUCAUUAGUGGAAACUUUGAUAUCCAAAUUGAAAGAUACAAGACAAAAUUUAGCCAACUCUGACAAUAGAGUGCGUCAAUUGGAAGGUCAAAUGCAUGAGGAGCAGCAAACUUUUGCUAUUACUCAAAAAAGGGUUGAAGAAUUAGAACAUGAAAGAAAGAGACUGAGGAAAGAACUCGAGCAUGAGAAGGCAUCCCGGGAAGAAGCAUGGUCAAAGGUGUCUGCUCUUGAGCUCGAGAUCAGUGCUGCAGUGCGGGAUCUUGAUUUUGAGAGGCGCAGACUAAAAGCAGCCAUGGAGAGAAUUAUGCUCCGUGAAACUCAGCUUCGGGCUUUCUACUCCACGACAGAGGAGAUAUCUGCCCUGUUUGCAAAACAGCAGGAGCAGCUCAAAUCAAUGCAGAGGACCCUUGAGGACGAGGAGAAUUACGAAACAAUGUCCACCGAUAUUGACCUCACCCGAGCUGCUUGCAACCGGGCUGAGUUGUCAAGCAACGAGGCAAGCGUGACCGAAAAGCAUGAAUGCAGCAACAUUCGAAGCCAGGACGAAAAUAGGUCCAACACGCAGGAAGUCGAGUUUGUGGGCCCGUUUAAGAAUUCCCACUGGAAUGAGAUCGGGACCGAGCAAAUUACCGAGGGGUGCCCAGUCGAGACAGAGAAAGUUUUGGAGACCGAGAGUCAACACACCAGCAGGAAUAUUAAUUUCGAUAGCACAAUGCACGUAGAGGAAACUAUUAAAACGUCGGACCUUCAUGGAGAAAACGACGUUUCUCAUUCGCCGGAGAGUGAAAACGGUGUUGGGGAUGAAGGUGGUGACGUGUAUGGUGGUGGUGGGCUCGGCCACGACUCGAGUAGCUUGGUGGUGGCCGAGAGUCGACACAUGGCAUCGAUCGAGCUGUUGCGUGCUGAUGCCGAGAGGAGGAGACACGAGCGCCGGGCGUUGAGCGAGAUGAUUGGUAUUGUUGCGCCAGAUUUGAAGGAGCAGUUCAGCCGUGCCGUGGGGCCCGCCGAUGAUGUGGCCUGGUGCGGUGAUGAUGAUGAUGCAGACAAGUGUGGUCACGAAGUGGGUUUGGACGAUGAUGACGUGGCGGGUGGUAGUGAGAGGGUGAUGUCUGAAGAUAAGAUGGAGGAGGAAGAUGAAGAUGAUGAUACUCGAGAAGAUUCGAUGGGAGACAGCAAAUCUGAUAAUAGUACAUGCCUAGAUUCUCGCUCUACUUUGAAGGCAGUUUUGAAAGUACUGCUUGCACCUACAUUUUUCAAUAUCGUGCAGGGAAAAACAGAGACGAAGGCAAUGGCCACAGCAGGCGGCAGUUACAGAAAUGGCGUGCACAAGGCUCCGAGCCUCCGCCCUUCGUCCUCCUUCAAAACAAAGAAUCCGCCGCCCGUACGCCGCAGUAGCCCCGCCUCGCUCGGCGCUGGAGCCGAUUCCGGUGAGUGUGUGACUUGCGUGGACUUGUUUCUGAGCGUUUCUUAUCUGAGCCGAUCUGUUUCUGGAAGAGUCCGGGUUGCUGUAAGAUUGCGGCCUCGGAAUUCUGUGGAGAUGGUGGCCGAUGCAGAUUUUGCUGAUUGCGUGGAGUUACAGCCAGAGCUGAAAAGGUUGAAACUGCGAAAAAACAAUUGGGAUUCAGAUACCUAUGAGUUCGAUGAGGUUCUAACUGAAUUUGCAUCACAAAAGCGUGUAUAUGAAGUUGUAGCCAAACCUGUUGUUGAGAGUGUUCUAGAUGGUUACAAUGGGACAGUGAUGGCCUAUGGUCAAACUGGUACUGGAAAGACUUAUACUCUAGGAAGACUCGGUGAUGAAGACACCUCUGCUCGCGGUAUAAUGGUUCGUUCUAUGGAGGAUAUACUUGCAAAUAUCUCUCCAGACACAGAUUCUAUCUUAGUUUCAUAUUUGCAGCUUUAUAUGGAAACGAUCCAGGAUCUGCUAAAUCCAGCGAAUGAUAAUAUUUCAAUAGUGGAGGACCAAAAAACCGGUGAUGUUUCUUUGCCGGGAGCAACUGUUUUGGAGAUCAGAGACCAACAAAGUUUUGUUGACCUUUUGCGUGUGGGGGAAGCUCAUAGGAUUGCUGCUAACACUAAACUGAACACGGAGUCUUCCCGAAGUCAUGCCCUUCUCAUGGUACAAGUGAAGAAGUCCGUAUCGGACAGGGAUGACUUUUCUGUUGAAACUCAAGAUCGAUCUAAUAUGGUUGGUAAUAUGGGGCCGCCUAUGCUUCGAAAAGGCAAAUUAAUCGUUGUAGAUCUUGCUGGUUCUGAGCGUAUACACAAAUCAGGAAGCGAGGGACACGUGUUAGAAGAAGCGAAGUCCAUAAACCUUUCUCUUAGUGCUUUAGGAAAGUGUAUAAAUGCCUUGGCAGAAAAUAGUUCUCAUGUCCCUGUUCGAGAUUCAAAGCUCACGAGGUUGCUUAAAGAUUCAUUUGGAGGGACAUCCAGAACUUCACUAGUUGUCACAAUAGGUCCAUCUCCACGCCAUCGAGCAGAAACAGCAAGCACGAUAUUGUUUGGUCAAAGGGCUAUGAAGGUGGAGAACAUGCUGAAGAUUAAAGAAGAAUUUGAUUACAGGAGUUUGUCCAAAAGGCUUGAGAUAGAAAUUGACAAACUAAUUGCUGAUAAUGAAAGACAGCAGAAAGUUUAUGAAAAUGAGAUUGAGAGAAUAAGAUUAGAGGCACAGAAGCGCAUUGCUGAGGCUGAAAGAACUUAUGUAGAAGUCUUGGAGGAGGAGAAAACGAAAUGCCAGAUGGAUUAUGUGGAAUCAAUUAAGAAGCUUGAGGAGAAGUGGACCCUGAACCAGCAAAAGCUUGUCAGUAAUGGAGAGGUCUGCAAGGAUGCUGGUAAUGAAGAGGUUGCUGAGCUCAAAACAUUGCUUCAAAAUGAAGUUUGUCUACGAAAGGCAGCCGAAGAAGAAAUUCAGAACUUAAAAAAUCAACUGCAAUUGUCAAAGAUCGAGUUGGCAGGUGGAAACUCUAAUGACUUCGGUGGCCUUCAUGAAGUGCUGGAAGAGGAGAGUCGCCAGAAAAAGAAACUUGAAGAAGAAGUUAGAAUUUUGCGAAGUCAAGUGGCACAGCUUUCUAUGGAAGCCAAUCAAACUAAAAGCAAGCAAGGAAGAGGCAACUUUGGGAACCCACUUCUUGGUAUAGAUUGCUUAACCCCACUUAAUCAUCUGCGGUCUAGAGAUGGUAACAAUGGAGAAAAAGCAUCUAUUACAAAUCUCCAUGAACAAGUCGGAUUGCAAAAGAUAUUAUCAUUGCUCGAGUCAGAGGAUGCUAAUGUACGGAUUCAUGCUGUCAAGGUGGUUGCUAACUUAGCUGCAGAAGAGGCGAACCAGGAAAAGAUAGUCGAGGCUGGUGGUCUAUCUUCAUUGCUGAUGCUCCUUAGAACGUAUGAGGACGAAACAAUACGCAGGAUUGCAGCUGGUGCAAUUGCCAAUCUUGCUAUGAAUGAGGCCAAUCAGGAGCUCAUAAUGGCCCAGGGAGGAAUAUGUCUUUUGGCAACUACAGCUACCGAUGCUGAAGAUCCUCAGACUCUUAGAAUGGUUGCUGGAGCAAUUGCUAAUUUAUGCGGCAACGAUAAAUUACAAGCAAGGCUCAGGUCAGAAGGUGGCAUUAAAGCUUUGUUAGGAAUGGUGAGAUGUAGGCAUCCAGAUGUUAUCUCUCAAGUUGCCCGUGGUAUCGCAAAUUUCGCAAAGUGCGAGUCUAGAGCAUCCAGUCAAGGAAUAAGAGAAGGCCGAUCUCUGCUGAUAGAAGAUGGCGCCUUGCCAUGGAUAGUACAAAAUGCCAACAAUGAAGCUUCACUAAUCAGACGUCACGUCGAGCUUGCACUCUGCCACCUGGCACAACAUGAGGUCAAUGCAAUAGAUAUGAUAAAUGGAGGUGCCCUAUGGGAGCUAGUUCGUAUAUCACGCGACUGCUCCAGAGAGGACAUAAGGGCUCUAGCUCGUCGAACUUUGACCUCAAGCUCCACAUUCCAAUUCGAAAUGCUCCGAUUAAGAAUAGAGAUUUAACGGCGAACUUAUAUAUUCCGUGCGGGGAAAAAUUCUUUAUGAAUGCCAUAGUAUCAACUUUCUACCAACUCUCUGAUCACGACUCACGCGUGGCACGACAGAACAAUGCGUAUAUCUAUAUAUCCUGUUGCAGGUGAGUUGUGGGCUCUGUUUGUAAUAACUAUUUUUGUGGACUUCGUUUUUAUCCAAUUAUUGUUUUGGUGCCCAAUGCCCCUAUAUGAAGUUUUUUUCAGCUACAGUUUUGUAAUUGUUCAGUUGUAUAUAAAGAAUCAAGUUGAGUAAUGGAAGUCUUGUACGUGUGUGUGUGAUGAACUAAUAACUUAAAGCAUUUUUCCUUUGCUGCAAUUUCUUGAGUAUCAUAUUAUGCCAUCGCAUGCAGGCUUCUUUUACUGCUGGCUUCUAGAAACUAUAAAGACGACAUCAAAUCCAAUUUCAAUUUUAAUUAAAUCAAAUCCUCAUUUGUUUCGAUUAUUUUUUCUGUACUUUUUUU